AAAGGCACAGCUAUGGAGCAGUUGAACCAGCGGGGAGUUGUGAACUAACAGUCCACACGUUUGGUUAAAUAAAAGCAUUUCAUGGACAUAUAUAACCUUGCUAUGCUAUGCAUAUAAAUCUAUACAUACGGUAUAAUUUACGUUUUCACAAUUAAAGUUGUUGAUUAGUGAAGUUGAUUAGUGCCUAUCGGUUGACUAAACACGUACUUCACGCUCGAAGUGUUAAAACCAGUCUGUAUACAUAAAAUAUUGAUUUAUGUUACAGGUUGUUAUCUGUUUAGUUGUUACAUGAAACCUUAAUGGAUUUAAGUAUAGACACAGCAUAAACGUUUGCUAUUAAAACUAUGACAUUCUGAUAGGAGAAUUAAGAAUAAAAACACCCGUACAAGAAUGUCUAAAGAAAAUAUAAAGGGAUUUAACUUAAAUAACAAUUUAUGUUUAAUUCAGUUAUGGAUAACAUUUAUAGUAACGAGUAGUAUUCAGUUCGCCUCAUGCGAACUGAUUAUUGUUCAGACUGCGUUAGGAAAUAUUUCCGGUUCUAUUGAGGAAGUGACAUCAUACAAUGAUACCGGAAAUCCGUCAGUCAUGUUCUUCGCGCAGUACUUGGGAAUUCCCUACGCCGAACCUCCCAUCCGUUUCCGGCGACCUGAGCCUAAAACUCCGUGGGCGGGGGAGUACAACGGGACGUACUACCGUCCGGCAUGCUACCAUCAAGGCGACCCGGCUAGGGUGGGCACAUUUCACGUGAAGACUGCAAUGAUGUCCGAGGAUUGCCUAACGCUCGAUAUAUACGCACCAAACAGCUCUAUCGUUAACCAGUCGUCACUUCCGGUGCUGGUUUUCUUAUACAGUUCACCAGGUUAUUCCAGCGCUUUCGCUGCCGAUGUUCUGUGCACGGUAGGGGACGUCGUGGUUGUGGUGAUAAACUUCCGUCAAGGUAUGCUGGGUUUCUUCAGUCUCGGUAGCGAAGCGGCGUCCGGGAACUACGGGUUGUUUGACCAGCAGAUGGCGCUACAGUGGAUUGCAAAGUACAUACAUAGUUUUGGCGGGGACCCCAAAAAGGUGACGCUAGUCGGUCAUUCUUUUGGAGCCUCGAAUGCCAUCUAUCACACGCUGUAUCCGGGAAACAGGGGCCUCAUCCACCGAGUGGUCGCACUGAGCGGCACGGCGCUGCUACCUUCGGCUGGUAAAUCUUAUGUGCGAAACUCUAUUGAAACGGGUGUGCUUGAGGAGAUAGGCUGUCAGCGGGCGUCAGAUGCAGAUAUAAUGAGCUGCCUUCGAGGAAAGAGUCUAACCGACAUAUUAAACGCCUUAGACAAAAAGUCGUUCACGUUUGGACCCUCAGUUGACGGCACGUUCCUGCGCUCUGAUCCGGAAGUCAUGAUGACCGACCUGGCGAAGGAUGACAACUCUACGGAGGAGCUUGAAUUCCUGAACGUAGAUCUGAUGCUUGGCCUGAACAACAUGGAGGGCGGGGCGCAUGUUGCGCUGCUGUAUGCGGAGCGUUUGAACACCACGUACAAUGAGUUCAAUGUAAGCAGGGCGGACAUAAGGAACAUCGUAGUUCCCAUUGCUAUAAAACGGACUUUCGGUAGUAACAUAUCGCAAGCUAUUACACAGACCGUUAACUUUCAAUACAACGACGUUACUGGCACUGACGAUCCCCAGCGUCUACGGCAGCGCGUCGUUGACCUCUUCACGGAUAUAGACGUCGCGGCGCCGCUGGUUCGAACCGGAAACGUUCACGCACUGCUGGGGCAAGGUAGCACCUACCUUUACCAGUUUUCGGAGCCUUUGAAUCUUACGCAGGCGCCUGUUUGGUUGUUGGGAGCAAACCGCGCCGACGACGUCCACUUCCUGUUUGGAUUCAGUGAGCGUGGUCUGCAGUAUGUGAACCACGUGACGGGAUUCACGCCAACCGUAAAGCAGAGGGCGCUGUCAACAAGGCUCAUCAAAAUGAUCGCAAAGUUUGCGAGAACAGGAAAUCCCAAUCCGCUCAGCGCCGCUGGCGAUCCUCAGUGGCCUGAAUAUGACUCCACGAGUACGACGUACCUAGACAUCUCCGCAGCGCACGUGACCCCUAAACACCACUUCCGGGAGCCAUUCAUGACCUUCUGGACAAGCGUGGUACCGGAACUGCUCACAGCGACCUCGCAGAACGCGACUUCUCCGCUUGUGUGCCCUAAAGAAAUCGGUCACACGAUUAAAAUGAACUUAGUCUCGGCUGAAAACAUCAUCAUCGCUCUCUCCAUUGUCUCCUUCUGUCUGCUAUGCGCCUGUGUGUUGCUCGUCUGCUUAUCGGUAGCUAGGGAGCCGACAUUGUAUAGCAACAGCAAAUACGCGGUGAUGAAGACCCCGAACUUGAGCGAGACCCCCUCUAUUUCGGGCCCGAGCGACAGCUGA